GUUUUAGUUAUAUGUAGGGUUUCUCUUCCUUUUUCCCUCUACCCAAACAGAAGAGAAGAAAGCUCUGAGAGAAAACGAAACGAGAAGAGAAUAAAAGAAUAAUGUCUUUGUCUCUAAUUGUGCCGUCGUCUCCCAUUUUCUCCCCAAAGAAGCUCCCUAAAAUAUACUGCAAAUCGGACGGCUCAUCUUUGUCUUCAUCUCCUCGGAUCAAUGGUUCUCAAGCGCCGUCAUCUCCUUUAUCUAGUUUGCUGUCCCCCACGAAAUCGCCUCGUCAGCUCUUGUCAACCUCCUCCGUAGCGACACCGCCGCCGUCGCCUUUGAAAUCUCCGUUGUCGAUUUGCGUCUCGAAGAAACAGCUACCCUUCGGAGCGGAUCCGGCGCCGUCUGUAGUGAAGAGGAAGAGGCCGGGGAAGAUAGAGAUACCGACGUUGAUGGCGGUUCAGCUGGGAUUCGCGACGGAGACGCCUAGAGGAGAGGAAGAGGUUCAGGUGGAAGGGGACGGGUAUUCUGUUUAUUGUAAGAGAGGGAGGAGAGGGAAAAUGGAAGACCGUUACGCUGCUGCCGUUGAUCUUGACGGAGAUCCCAAACAGGCUUUCUUUGGGGUUUAUGAUGGGCAUGGAGGUUCAAACGCAGUUGAAUUCGUGGCAAAGAAUUUAGAUAAGAAGGUCAUGGAGGAGGUGUCGAAAAUUGGUGAAGAUGAUUCCAUUGAUGAUGCAAUUAGAGAGGCAUAUUUAGCUACCGAUAUAGAUUUGCUCAAGGACGAUGUGGGUGGUGGUACUUGCUGUGUCACGGGAUUUGUUCGUAAAGGUGAUCUUUUGGUAUCGAAUGUAGGCGAUUGUCGUGCUGUUUUGAGCCGAAACGGUGUAGCAGAGGCCUUGACGUCCGAUCAUCAACCUUCGAGGCAAGACGAGAGAGAUAGAAUCGAAGCUUUGGGUGGUUAUGUGGAUUGUCGCCAUGGUGUUUGGAGAAUUCAAGGUUCUUUAGCUGUUUCAAGAGCAAUUGGUGAUAGACAUCUUAAACAAUGGGUAAUUGCUGAACCAGAGACGACAAUGAUCAAAAUUAACCCGGAAUGCGAGUUUUUGAUCCUUGCUUCGGAUGGUCUUUGGAAUAAGGUUACUAAUCAAGAGGCGGUCGAUUUGGUCCGUCCAUUCUGCGUAGGCCUCGACAUGCCUAACCCGUUUUCUGCUUGCAAAGAGCUGGCUGAAUUAUCAUCAUGGAGAGGUUCAUCCGAUGACAUUAGUGUGAUGAUAAUCCAACUGCAACACUAUGUUUCUUGACUUCUCAAGGAGAAAAUGAAUUGGUUCAAAUUCAAUCGUCUGAAAUCGAAUCUCUCGCUGUUAUUAAAAGCUAGAAGAGACCUCUUAGACCAGUUAUACUU